CAUACCAUCUCUGUACAGUUACCUAAACCAGUUGUGAGGAAAAAAAAAAGCGAAAAGGAAAAAAAAAUGCAGUCUUCGAAAGGGCGGCGGAAAGUGGCACCCGCGUCCGCCGGCGCCGGCGGUGACUCGGCAGAGAAGCUGGACGAGCUCCUUAUAUCGUCGGCGAUAUGCAACGGCGAUGAUUUGGGGCCGUUCGUCCGGAAGACGUUCUCCACGGGAAAGCCGGAGACACUUCUCCACCAUCUCCGUUACUUCGCGCGAUCCAAGGAAUCAGAGAUCGAGGAGGUCUGCAAAGCUCACUACCAGGACUUUAUCAGCGCCGUUGACGAUCUCCGGUCGCUUCUCUCCGACGUCGAAUCGCUCAAAUCUGCGCUAUCCGAUUCCAACUCCAAGCUCCAAUCCGUGGCGGUGCCGCUCUUGUCGUCUCUCGAUUCGCUUGUUGAGGCUCAGACCGUGUCGAAGAACGUCGAUCUGGCGAUCAAAUCGGUGACUCACUGUGUUCGGCUCAUGGAGCUCUGCUCCCGAGCCAAUCAGCAUCUCCAGAGUGGUAAUUUCUACAUGGCGCUCAAGUGCGUUGACUCGAUUGAGAGCGAGUUCAUGGAGAAGACGCCGUCUUCGACGCUGAGACGGAUGCUGGAGAAGAGGAUCCCGUCUAUCAGAUCGUACGUGGAAAGGAAGGUGAGCAAGGAGUUCGGCGAUUGGUUGGUCGAGAUCCGUGUGGUAAGCCGAAAUAUGGGUCAGUUGGCGAUCGGUCAAGCUUCGUCGGCUCGACAACGGGAAGAGGAGCUCAGGAUGAAGCAGAGACAGGCCGAGGAGCAGACCCGGCUUAGCCUACGGGAUUGCGUGUACGCGCUGAACGAAGAAGAAGAAGACGAAGACGAAUUUGGGCCUCGCCCUUUCGGCGAUGCUGGUAAUGGCGGCGGUUCGUUAGGCUUUGAUUUGACUCCACUCUACAGAGCUUAUCAUAUUCAUCAGACAUUAGGCCUUGAAGAUCGCUUCAAGCAAUACUACUUCGAGAACCGGAAGCUUCAGCUAACAUCCGAUUUCCAGGUUUCUUCUAUGACCCCGUUUCUCGAGUCUCAUCAAACGUUUUUCGCGCAAAUCGCCGGGUUUUUCAUUGUAGAGGAUAGGGUUUUGAGGACUGGAGGAGGUUUGAUUUCGAAACUGGAGGUGGAGGGUUUGUGGGAAACUGCUGUUACUAAGAUGUGUUCUGUGUUGGAGGAUCAGUUCUCUAGGAUGCAGACCGCUAAUCAUCUUUUGCUGAUUAAGGAUUACGUGAGCUUGUUGGGCGUGAGUUUGCGUAGGUAUGGCUAUGCAGUUGAUGCACUUCUUGAUGUCUUAAGCAAACACAGGGACAAGUAUCACGAGUUGUUGCUGUCUGAUUGCCGCAAACAGAUCACCGAAGCUCUGUCGGCUGAUAAGUUUGAGCAGAUGUUGAUGAAGAAAGAAUAUGAAUACUCCAUGAAUGUGCUUUCUUUCCAAUUACAAACCUCCGACAUAAUACCAGCGUUUCCUUACAUCGCUCCGUUCUCAUCCACGGUGCCAGAUUGUUGCCGGAUUGUGAGGUCUUUUAUUGAGGAUUCAGUAAGUUUCAUGUCUCACGGUGGUCAGCUCGAUUUCUACGAUGUUGUGAAGAAGUAUUUGGAUAGGCUUCUCGGUGAGGUUCUUGACGAGGCUCUGUUGAAGCUCAUAAACACAUCCGUUCAUGGAGUCUCGCAGGCAAUGCAGGUCGCAGCAAACAUGGCUGUGUUGGAGCGAGCUUGCGAUUUCUUCUUCCGACACGCUGCACAGCUUUCAGGGGUUCCCUUGAGAAUGGCGGAGAGAGGUAGGAGACAUUUCCCCUUGACUAAAUCGCAAGAUGCAGCAGAAGAUACGCUCUCUGGGAUGCUUAAAAAGAAGAUUGAUGGGUUCAUGGCACUGAUAGAGAAUGUUAACUGGGUGACCGAUGAUGCUCCAGUAGGUGGGAACGAGUACGUGAACGAGGUUUUGAUAUACCUGGAGACUUUGGUUUCCACUGCACAGCAGAUAUUGCCUGCCAAGGUACUAAAAAGGGUUUUGCAUGAUGUUCUCUCUCACAUUUCCGAGAAGAUUGUUGGAACAUUAUGCGGGGAUUUGGUGAAAAGGUUCAGCAUGGGAUCUAUCAAGGGACUUGACACUGAUAUUCAGUUGCUGGAGUCUUUUUCCGAAAACCUAACUCCACUGUUCGCAGAUAAGGAUGCUAGUGAGUUGAAGAAAGCUUUUGCAGAGAUAAGACAGCUGAUCAAUUUGUUAUUGAGUAGUCACCCGGAGAAUUUCCUAAACCCCGUGAUCAGAGAGAGGAGCUACAAUGCUCUGGACUACAGGAAAGUGGCGAUGGUCUCCGAGAAAUUCAGGGACCCAUCAGAAAGUAUAUUUGGGACAUUUGGAACAAGAGGGGGCAGGCAAAAUCCCAAGAAGAAAUCUCUGGAUGCAUUGAUAAAGAGACUGAAGGAUGUCAGCUGAUUCAUAUCCGAGCCACAAGGGUAGGUAGGCGGCAGGCCCUCUCUCUUGUUCCUUACUUAUCUUUCACUUUGUGAAUUGUGAUUCAUUGCGCUCUGUUUAAUUGAUAUGUCAGAAGAAAGGCACAUAAAACUGGUUUUUUCCCUCCAGAUUGUAUUUGCUCUCCCCCUCCCCCUUCAUAAGCUUCGUAUUUGUAUGUAGCCAGCCAGCAUUCCCUUUUAUAUAUGAAAUCUCAGUCCCAGCAGUCUGGAAGUGUUUCAGCCAUCUUUGGUCCUGAAAUCUGGCAUGGUACGUUCUUCUCAUCUUCCCAUGCACCAUUUAUUUCUGUUCUGAAGUUGACCAGAAUCAAGAACAGACGAUAUUUCCUCUGUUUUUUGUUCAUGGAACUUUCGGUUCUUGUCAACUUUUCA